UUAUUGAAUAUAUGCGACUGCGACAAGGCAUUUAUGUGUAUAAAUUAUAAAGUAGCGAGUUGUGUGUGUAUGUGUUUUUUUUUUUAGUCCAGUUUCAUUCAUGCAAUUCAUCAAAGCUCAAAUCCAGGUGGUAGCUAAUUUUGGUUUGGCAAGUCGCAUAGGCUCGUUUUAACUGUUUGCUUGUUUUGCGAGAUCUGGCAACACUGUUUUACAGUCAACAUGGUCUGAUUUAGCAUGCACGUGGAUGGAAAUCGCAGCAUACAACUAAUAAAAAUGUUGUUUAGGGUAGAUUAAUAUUAAUUCGUAACCUCUGUGAUCACACUACCAUUCAUGACAAGAGUUUUCCAGCUAACUGCUCUGAAUGUCCAGCAUGGUUUAACAUUCUGUAACUCCCUCUCAAAACAUUGCUUUACGUUUUAUUUUCGUCUACUACUGUAAAUAAGUACAGCCAUGUGCCGCGGAAAGAAGAAGAAGAAGAUUCCCCAACCCGACAUAUACAGGAAAUGUUUAAUCUGCGGUGAACAGUACGGAGAUCAGGUGUUCUGUCGGGUUGAGGUCAGGACUCUGUGCAGGCCAGUCAAGUUCCUCCACACCAAACUCGCUCAUCCAUGUCUUUAUGGACCUUGCUUUGUGCACUGGUGCGCAGUCAUGUAGGAACAGGAAGGGGCCAUCCCAAAUGCAGCUGCUUCCAUGAAGCUCUCUACGCACUGUUCUUGAGCUAAUCUGAAGGCCACACGAAGUUUGGAGAAUUUGGACGCUCAUAUGCAUUCUUAUGUCCACCAUGAGGCAAUUGAACAUCUCAAGGGCAGUGAACAGUUGCAUAAGUGUUGGGCAUGUGACGUAUCCAUGAUGGGACUAGAGCAGUACAAGGAGCAUAUUGCCACCCGCAAGCACACAUACCGUCUGUACACACUCCACAAGAAAAGAAAAGAACAAAAAGGUCUUCAAGUGAACUACGAUAUUGACCUGACUGAUGAGGAGUUUAUAACCCUUCAAACAGAGCGACAAAAGAUGGAAGGACCGAGAACGGAGAACUGUUUUGUCUGCUGUCAUAAUUUUCCUGUUCAGGAUUUGGAUGUACAUAUGCACAGUAUUGUCCACCAUCAGGCAGUUGAGCAGCUGAAGGGCAGUCCACAAGUGCAUAAAUGUUGGGCCUGCGACAUGUCUAAGACAGGAAUGGCAGAGUUUAAGGUGCAUGUUGGCACUCUUUAUCAUGAAUACAUGCUGUUUGAACUCCGAAAGAUUACAGCAGAUGGGAAAACAGUGGACUACAGUGGUGAAAUUGAUGAUGAGCUUAGAGCCCUUUGUGUCCAAAGAGAUCAACAAAUGAAAGAGACAAGGAGGGAAAGAAAAAAGAGGUGGAAAAAAACAAAAAGGCAGAAGGCACUGUUGUUAAAUCAGACAGAAAACAAAAAAUCUAUCCAGCUUAACCAAAACCUGCCUAAACGGAGACAAGAGAGCAUACUUGAUAUGGACAGAUCAAAUGGGCCACUUGUGAAAAGGCCUUGUCUUGAGAAACCAUCAGAGAAUCUUCCUCAAGAAAUGUCUGCUCGUGGCAUAACGACUCCAGAAACUGAAGAUUGUACAUCUGCUGGGUCUACAUGUGGCCCUGGACUGGUCCAAAGCAGGAUGGAGGCCAACAAAUCCAAAUUGACACCACUACAAAAACACACUAAUUCCAAAAAGUCUACGUGGAAAGUUAACAGAGCAGCAUCACAGAGUCAACAGGGCGCAACCAGAGAAGGCAUGAAUGGGCAAGAGACAAACGUUGAUUCUCUUCCAUCUGGAACUUCACUGGCUGAAAUAUUUGAAAGCCAGGCUUCAGGAAAUGACUGCCAGGCAGUAGAGAUAGUUGAAAACGUUCAGCCUCAUACUGUGUGUGUCAAGAAAAAGAAAUCAAAUGAGCAUAAAACAGAACAGGGAGAAACAUCACUGGAGCAUCACAACAGCUUUGAAACCAGCUCUUGCAAUGUCCGGAAAAACGAGAGAAAAAAACAAGACAUUUCACAUAAUCUGAAUCCCAAGACAAAUGACAAAAUAUCUAGAAAAAGGAAAGUGAAUAAGUUGAUGACGCUGUCUUCGAAAGAAGAUGAGUUGACCAGCUCUUUGGAGAUUGUGGGUGACGAGUUGUUCCAGGCGUACUCCACCCUGCAGAGUGCUUACACAGAAGUUCAGCGUCUACUAGCUGUUAAACAACAGGUAACCUCAGAGAUGGCGUCGCUCAGGGAGAAGCGCAUAAAGAUUCUGCAGGAUAUGAAGGAUCCCAGUAGGUGUUCCACACAUUCAGACCAGCAGGUGGGGCUAAAUGCCUCCUGACAGCUGUGUGAACCUCUGAGGAAAGAUUACUCUUAGCCAUCCCUGUGAGCCUCAUGGAGCAGCUGCACAGUAGGACUCAAUCUCAGGAGUAUCUGAUUCUGGUCCUACCUCUCAGUGCACAAAAAUAACCUCUGCGAGCAUGCGUCUCAUCUGAGAGCACAGACUGCAUCAUUGUAACAGACUUGAAUGCAUUUAUAGUUGUUUUAUUGCAGUUCACAUUGAAUUAUGCUCUAGUUUGAUCAGAUUGAUGCAGAUUAUUUAAGAAAAAAGCUAUAGUUUUUUUGCUCUGAUUCUGGCAUGAUAAAAUGUCAUUUCUGUCUUCAAAGGAUCAUCGAACGUGAAAUUGCAUAUAAAAGCUCACCUAAAAUCUCUUUUUAGUCAAGAUUGUCUGAGGUACUUUGUCAAUCUACAAGGACAUGAAAGGAGAUGUCACAGACUACCAUCUGAAUAUUCAGGUAUAUUAUAAGACUUUCAUAAUAGCAUUAGCAGAAUAUGUUUAUUCACUGCCUAAUACAAUAAGUAGUGUAGUAAUAUGGAUUUAUCAGUUCAAAUAAUAAUGCUUAUAAGACAUCAUAUUAGCAUAUUCAUUCAGACUUACUCUCUUAGGUUU